AUGUGUGGCUUUUUGGACGAUGUGGAGCUUCUUCCAACCGAUGCAAAGGGUGUUCUGAAGGACAAAACAGGUUCACUGGGUUGUACCAUUCAUCGCUCUGUGAUCAAGACCUAUAAAGAACAACUUAGCAACUGCGUGUUGCUACUGCUGAAGCAAGUUAGCUUAUUCAGCCCUACUGGGAAAAAGUUCUACGUCAAUCUAACGCUGUCCAAUAUAGUACGCGUGUACACUCCUGGACAGACUUUUCCUGCGCUUACUAGCAGCCGGUCAGUCAACCAGCCCUUAAAAAAUCCACCGUUCUCCCCUGCGGAAUUCGAGACACUCGAGUCAGAGUGUCUUCGAUCUAACUCACCUCCUGUUACACCUAUCCCCACCAGGCACAGCCGAGUCCCGAAUCAGUCAACUUCCAGUUCUGGCGUUCCAGCACAGCAUGAUUUCCAACCGUCUUCGAUUACUCUAGGAACUCUUGAGACCUCCCGCAAGCCACCUGUUCAAAAAGAUUCCCAGAUCAACGCCUCUUUAUCAUCCGAUGCCUCGGAUUACAGGAUCCGACCAUCCAGACCAUCGAUUCCUCCAUCAGAAACCAACCGCAAUUGUCAAACACCUGUUCGCACCGGGUUGGGUUCUCUCCUUCGUGGGUCGACGCACAGUGUUUCCAUUCCGGAGCCUUCCCCCGAUGCUUUCAUUCGACCCCAGUCUUUUGUGACUGGACCCCCUGCAGUUGAUAAGUUGCUCAAUGAUGACAUGGAUGAUGUCCUGUCGAGCUUUGCUGAUGAGUCACUCAGCGACAUAGCUUGGUGAUAAUACUUUUCGAUCCAUA